CUUGUCUUGACUGUGUGUGCUUGCUUGCCAUCAUCGUGUUUUGAUGGUGUGAGAAACGUAGUUUUUCCACCAAGCUGUCACUUUCUGUGAUUGCGCCCAUACACAAUACUCUGACUUCACUUGUGUGUUUAUUUGAGAAAACUGAUCUUUUAAGCAUCUUGAAAAAGUAGUUGGAGGCAGGAUUCUAUAUUGAUGAUUGCAAGAGCUUGUUAGAACUUCUUGAUAUGAGGCUGGAUAACUUACUCGUAUUUCUAGUUUUGCUACAUAGUUUGUAAUCCGGAAAUCGAUACUCAACCCUAAACAAGAUUUUUUCGACCUUUUGUAGGAACGAGAAGCACUGUCUGUUCUAAAAGCAGGUAAUUGUUCUGUUUUCCUUGUGAUGAUUGCAUUUACAUGUACUCAAGUUGCAUUUAUACAUAGGAAAAGCUAAAAAUGGGUUAUCGACGAUUAUUUGCAUUAAAGAAACUACAUCGAAACCUACAACCACUUCCAAAAUCGUUUCAUGAAAGAAACCAAACCGAAUUGCUCUGACAAUGUGGUGCCUUGAUGCUUAUUUCGUGACAGGUCAAGUCAUGGGCAUUCACUCUACCGGUGAACUGGACACCAAAUUGAACGCGGCAUCCAGAGCUUCUCGCCUGGCGGUACUGUACUUCACAGCCACAUGGUGUGGACCCUGCCGUGUCAUCUCUCCUCUUUUUACAAGCUUAGCUGAGAAGUAUCCGAAGGUUGCUUUCCUGAAGGCUGACAUUGACGAGGCCAGGGACGUGGCAGGGAGGUGGAAUAUAAGCAGCGUGCCUACCUUCUUCUUCAUCAGGAAAGGCAAGGAAAUCGACCAGGUCGUUGGUGCUGAUAAAAAUGGACUUGAAAGGAAGCUUCAACAGCAUGCUGCUGCUUAAGUUAAGUUCAGACUUCAUACCUUGCGUGGAACUUCAAUACGUGACAAUUUGACUCUCGUUCUUGUUUCAUAGACUCCAAAUGAUAGCCGUGGAAGCGAAAGGUAGCUUGCCUCUGAUUGCUGUUAUUUCCUUGAGAUAGUGAGUCCUGCUGAUUGUAUCAGUUUACAUUUUAAUGAAAACUUUUUGUGUGAGGAUCAUUCGAUCGACGAACUCACAAGCCACAACACUAAAAAGACAACCUUUUCGGUACAACGUGCUGCAAAUAUGGAUCGAAAAAUUAAUAUAGUACAAAUACAUCAUCAUACAAUUCAUAGUCGUUGGAUGUGUGCGACGAUGAUUUUAUAAGCAAAUGCUACACAAAAAAAGUGCGAUCAAACGAGUCAUGACACGUUGUUCUGGUCAGUCUUCUCCCUUCAAACAUCUCUCACUCCCGCUAAAGAAAAAGAAAAUGCUGUG